GUCCAUUCCUGUCUGCGCUCCCCACCAAUGUCUCCUCCUCUUCCAGGUGUGUCACCUUGGUGCCUGUGAGCAGGGAGCAGUGCCUGGCUGACAUGUGCUGGGGAGGUGGUUCUGUUCUUUCAGAGUUCUGCUCUUUCAGCUCUCUUGGCAGCAUCCUGAGGUUGGUGGUGUUUGCCACCUUCUCCAGGCUGAGCCCAUGCUCUUCCCUGCCAACAAAGCACGGCCUGUGGAUCUCACCAACAUCACCUGUAUUGAUCUGAUACUCCAGAGCUGCCCUGUAAUCCCCAAAUCCCACUGAAUUCACAGCCUAGUGAUGCAGCAAUGUCAAAGGGAUGCAGCUGGUAAUUCUGCCUGGCUGUUAAACUGCCUCAUGUCACCCUGCUUCCAAUGGCUGCUGACAAGGAAAUUAUACCUGGAUCCCUGUAAUCCUAAAUUCAACAUGAAGAAGGGACCUGAAUGCUACUACACAUCUGCCUGCUGAUUUCCAAACCAUCUUAUAGAAUUUCCAAAAUAGCUUAUGCAAUAUAUGACCUGGAGAGAAGGCACAUUUUCUUCCAGGAAAGAAAAAGGAAGAAAGGUCAAGCUUUACUGCCUCCCUCUUCCCAGAGGAAAGAUGGAAUAUGGAGGCUCAAAGGCCUGCCACGGUGGCUACAACAUUUCAACCCUGGAGGGGCAGAAAGAAGCAAGGAAAAACACCCCUCUAAGACCAGCCUGUGCUUUGUGAGUUUUGAUGAUCUUCCCUCUUUCCUUGCCCAAAGGAAACCUGUUUGUGACAUCUGGGGAAGAUGAUACAAAGCCAGCAACAUCUCCUGUUGAGACCCCUGAUGGCCAAGAGACUGCGUUUUCCAAAAUGAAAUCUGUCCUGGAAAAAGAUCUCCAGUUUGUGGUAAAAAUAACUAUUACUUCAGAGGCCCAUGGAAAAGCACCUGCCUGGGUAGCAGGAGACUGGCAAAUCACAGAUACAAAAAUGGAUGUGACACCUUCUGUGCAGAACCUCCAUUGGUGACGUUGAGCUGUCCCAUCUUCCCUUUUUCCGUGGAGAACUUUGUAUUAUCUUGAUGUUUAGUGACACAUGGAAGAAGAAACCAGCCUGCCAAACUGCUCCAGGAAGCUCUUCUGAGAUAGAGACAUCCAUCUCUGUGUACGGUCUGUACUUGUGAAGCAGAGCACAAAGCCCUUUUUCCAUUCAAUCCAUAUUAAUUACCUCUCUGCAGCUCCUCUCUAGUUUCCACUCAUCCCAGGCCCCAGAAACUCAUGUGGCUGCAUCUCAAACAAACCAGAGCCUUUCACCAACCACCUGCAAUCAUGUUAUAAACUCCAGAGGAGGAAGCACUUGGAAAUGAAGAACACUGCAUGACCUCACACUAAUCAGAAUUGCUGUUGCUGAAUUUGGUGCAUCUGUGGCAUUGUUAAUAAUAAAAGCAAGCGAUGGAUCUUGCCCUGGCAGCUCCCUUUCAUUCAUUCCUGGCUGAGCAAAUGAGCAAAUGAAAGGGGCAUCUUGCAGAAAUACAGUUAGCAGAAAGCAAUGUAAUGAACAAGCUUGUUUUGGAAACCAUGAAGUGCUAUCAUCCGUAAGAAUAAUUCUGAAUAAACUCUCUGAUAGCCUCAAGCCCAGCCUGUUCUUUGUGGACUUGUGGGUAAUUGCCACGGUGAAGAACAUGCAUAUAUUAAAUUACAGGGUGUAAAUCCUGACAGCUUUGGAGCUUUUUGAUACUUCUGAAGAUGUACAUGAAGAGCUGUCAUGCCUUUUCUGAAGCAUGUGAAUGUACUCAUCAUCGUCCUCACAGUCUUUGGCAAGUUUGGGACGUUGGACUCUGGUGAGACUCCACACAAGGAUAUUCUACAAAAUCAUCAUCUCUCUCUUCCUCUGAUUCUGAGCUCAUGCUCAUGUUUGACUUCUGCCAUGUCAAAAAAGAACUCUUCCCAACACUGAGGGAAAAGACAAGAUGAGGAUUUGAUACCCUGUGGACUCUCUCCAAAUAGAAAGACCCGAGACACCCUUAAGAACUGAGAAUCUGACUAAUUUAAACAGAUGGCUAAUCCCAGUGCUGUGUGCAAUGGACAUCUACAUCAUCACAAUCAUCAGAAACAGAAUAACCUCUUAAAAAGUGGAAUAUCUAAGAAAAAUGGAAUCACUAAAGGAAUGAAGAAGAAUGGAGUAUCAAACGGAACCCUCUACAAAAAAACAUUUAUUGAGCACUUUGAACAGGCACCAAUGUAUGUUGCAGUUUUUACUUUCGUGGGGUUUGCAGUGGGAACAAUAUUUGGCUACCUGCGAGAUUUUAUGAGAGCCUGGGGACUAGAAAAACGUAACAUUGCUGCGGAGAGAGAACAACAAAAAGAUUUUGUGCCACUUUAUCAAGAUUUUGAGAACUUUUACACCAGGAACCUCUAUUUGAGAAUACGGGAUAACUGGAACCGUCCCAUUUGCAGUGUCCCUGGGCCACAGUUUGACCUCAUGGAACGUGUUACAGAUGAUUACAACUGGACAUUUAGGUUUACAGGAAGGACUAUCAAGAAUGUAAUCAAUAUGGGUUCUUAUAACUACCUCGGCUUUGCAGAAACAGAUGUUAAUGCUUUGAAAACUGUGACCAUAGAGUUAGAAAAAUAUGGGACAGGAGUCUGCAGUACCAGGCAAGAGAUGGGCACCCUAGACAAACAUGUAGAACUAGAGAAACUCGUGGCCAAGUUCCUUGGUGUGGAAGAUGCUAUGGUGUUUGGCAUGGGCUUUGCAACUAACUCAAUGAAUAUUCCAGCCCUUGUUGGAAAGGGCUGCCUCAUUCUCAGUGAUGAGUUGAACCACACUUCUCUCGUUCUCGGUGCGAGGCUUUCAGGUGCCACUAUCAGAAUCUUCAAGCAUAAUAAUAUGCAGAGCCUCGAGAAGCUGCUGAGAGAUGCAAUAAUAUAUGGACAGCCUCGCACCCACAGAGCAUGGAGAAAAAUUAUCAUCCUGGUGGAGGGCAUUUACAGCAUGGAAGGGUCCAUCGUGCGCCUGCCAGAGAUAGUCUCCCUGAAGAACAAAUACAAAGCAUACCUCUACUUGGAUGAAGCUCACAGCAUUGGUGCAGUGGGAGCAACGGGCCGAGGAGUUGUGGAAUACUUCGGGAUGAGUCCCAAUGAUGUUGAUGUAUUAAUGGGAACGUUCACAAAGAGCUUUGGUGCAGCUGGAGGAUACAUAGCUGGCAAAAAGGACCUUGUGGACUUUUUACGAACUCAUUCUCAUAGUGCUGUGUACGCCACAUCCAUGUGUCCCCCCGUAGCAGAGCAAAUCAUCAGGGCAAUGAAAUGUCUCAUGGGACUGGAUGGGACAACACAAGGGCUCCAAAGAGUGCGUCAGCUGGAGAAAAACACAAGGUACUUCAGACGAAAACUGCAUGAAAUGGGCUUCAUCAUUUAUGGCAAUGAUGAUUCUCCUGUUGUUCCCUUGCUCCUUUAUAUGCCUGGUAAGAUAGGGGCUUUUGCAAGACGCAUGUUAGAAAAGAACAUCGGGGUGGUCGUGGUUGGGUUUCCAGCUACUCCUAUCACAGAGUCCAGGGCUCGCUUUUGCGUGUCAGCUGCACAUACACGGGAGAUGUUGGACACGGUCUUGAAUGCUCUGGAUGAAUUGGGUGAUUUUCUACAUCUGAAAUAUUCCCGGUAUUCCAAGUCAGCUCAUCCUGAACUGUAUGAAGAAUCUAGGCUUGAACUUGAAGAUUAAGUUUUCCACCCAUGAAAAGAACAUUAUGAUGCUAUGAAAGGGCGGAAAACCUGAAAACGAAACAAUACAAAUGCAUUUCUUCCCUUCUAAGGACAAUUUUUAUUUCUCAGUUAAUUGAACGGAGGGGAAGCUCAGGUGUUGCAUCACGUUGUAUCAAACUUUUGUAUUCAAGAGACUGAAAUAUUGAUACAGAUUUGCCUCUCCAGGAGAUCUGUCCUUCUUAAGGUAUUUUUGAUGCAGAAUGAAUGCAUCCAUUGAUCCAGUUGGUAACGUACAGCUUUUGGUAUGGCCCUUUUUUAUGAAGAGGCUUCAGAUAGUCUUAAUUGUGACUGAAAUAAUAAAGUUUAAAAAGUUAAUAGAUUCCAGUGUAAUAUAGCUGAGCUUCAUCAGUGAGACUGUUCUGCUAAAGAGCAUUAAUCAAGACGCCGGUGUGGACUGCUACAAAGGAAUGAGCAGAAAGUGAUUUCUUUAACUAAGUUGCACUAUCAUGCAUUUCUCCAAGGACAGAAGGUGUUAGAAAAAGGCUAAUGCUGAGAACAAGAAAAGUAGCCUGAUGAGAUCAUGUAUUUCUGACAGCAGGUUAUGGGAAAGGGAGAAUUCCUCCUCUCCACAGACCUAUUCUCGGUCACCUAAAUGCACUCUAAACUUUGAAUUGUAUAAAAAUUUGAGCUUAAACAUAAACAGAAAUGCUUUUCUGCCAACUCAUUUGACCCACAACCUAUCACAUCUUAUCACUACCUAAGUUCUUCAGCAGGCUUGCUCCCUUUUUGUGGGGCAGUAGUAAAUAAUUUUAAUAAACAUUUAACUUUCCCAUAAAAACCUUGAUCAAAACAGUCAGAUACUUGCAGUGCACAAACUGCUGAUGACAUUUAUGGGCUCAUUCCUAAGUUUCUUGAACUACUUAUGGGCCUCAUAAAUUGACUAACAAGUACAUAAUACUGAAGCUGUUAGUUAUGUGAAGUUCAAGAUACCGUAAGCAGUUCUGCCACCUGCUAAACAGAAAACUCCGCCAUUUCUAUACAUGCUACAGUCAUCCAUGGAAUAACAUUUCUUGAAAUAUUUUUAUCUGUUUUAUGCAUGUCAGGGGUUGUUCUGUUCAGGUUUUUUUGGUUUUGUUUUUUGUUGGGUUUUUUUUUGAGUCAUUUGUUUUUCAAAUAAUUAUUGUAUCUUCUCAAGAGGAUGAUGCCCUUGUCCCCUUGUCCACUGCCCAAUAACAAAUGCUCAAGGCUACCUGAAGGAAUUGUUCCAGCCAGCAGUUUCCCUGCAAUGCCAGCAGCCACAAGCAUCAGGUCUGUGUGGGCUGGUGCUGGAAGGAGAUUGGAGGCUUUUGCCUUUUUUUUUUUUUUUUUCCCAGGGUUGAAAAGCAGUUCUGCAGCUUUAAGAAUGAGCUCCAAACAAUUCCACGCUAUCAAAUGUCAUUGUAAACACAUCAGAUGAGAGAUGUUUAGCUUUCUGUUGCACAGAUGUACCACACUUUCAUGUUCUCUUGAAAGCUGUGGUGUAAACUUAACCCACAGCUGCAAUAUUAGAUUUAAGAACAGAACAAUUAAAUUGUGGAGUACCAAUUACACUAUAUUACUCCCUGCUUGUUAAAGCAGCUUUCAGGAUGUAACAAGGCUGACUGAUUAUGAGGGCCCAUUUUUUGUUGGAUUUUUGUUGUUGUUGUUGUGCAAGUUAAUAAAAAUCCAGUGGUGCUACAACUUUAAGAAUUGAUUACAACACAUUCCGUAAUCCCAAAUGUCGGCUUUAGGAAAUAUUUAUCAAGGGCUGGGGGAGGACUAAGUGUCAUGUGAUUCUUCACUGUGGUGGAUGGACUGGAAAAGCAUUGCAGAGGUUCAGGGGAGUUGUGUUUGUGGAUAAGAGCAAACUCACUGUAUAAAUAUUUAAAUACUCGAGCACAGGACAAGGAGAAAUUAGGAAACUUCAUCUUUGAGUACUCUGGCAGUUUGUGGUGCACAGCUGUGUUACAGGGUGAGUGCACUUACUAUGAAAGGAGAUGGGUUGAGAAAUUUCUGCAACCUGUUCCUUGAGGAAAAGUACUGGAUUUGAUAUAUUCCUUUUUGAUCUCUAUUGCUGAACUUCUGCGGCCAGAUCCUCAGUUGACUUCUGACCUUCCAUUUUGGGGUAUACAGCCACAGUUUAUAUUUCAGCAAACAUUAUUACAUGUACUGUUGCAGGCGACACACUAUUUCCCUCCAAGAGAGGCCUGAGAUUGAUUAAAGUACAGAGUGAUCACUUUCUGUACCCCAACAGGAGAAUGUUUUCAGUCUAAAGCCGAAUUCUUCCUGCCCUCAGAACAUUACUCUCACUCAUAUUAAGGAGACAGGACAGCUAUUUUUUAGAGACUGUCAGUUGAUUUAUUAUGUGCUCUCUUCUGAUUUCUUCCAUCCCUUACACACUGGAGAAAGUACAGACUGACUACCACUGUGCUUGGGGAACAGUUAGGGAGAAAUCUCUGCUCCACUGGUGCAAUUAUAAAACUCCCAGGAACUUCAGUCUACUAGUUUCUUCCCGUGAGGUUUAUAAUCUGGCACUUGCUUUUCUAACAGUAUGGAGUUUUUGCUGGCUUACUUCAAUUUUUAUAGAUUUAGAGUUGGUCAGCAUUUGAAGACUCAAAUAUUUAACUGGUGUCUGAAAAAAUCUGAUAGAGUACCCAUUAGGGAAUUUGCACCUCUAGCACAGGAUCAUGUGUUUCCCAGAAUGUGCUCCCUCUUCAGGCACGUGUGUUCUUGGAAAAUAUAGUUCUUUCUAAUUGCUUCAGAAGGAUUUGAAGAGCUAUCUUCCAUAAAUUUAAAAAAUGCUCAAGUUGUCAUAUUUUAAUCCAGUGGAUACAUUAAUUAUAACUACACCAACUUUUUGUGGGCAAGCUGCAUCCUGUUAUCCUAUGUAAAGUCUUGACUGACCUUUAUGAUAUGGGAAAAUUUAUUUCUGUUUGACAAGGAAACUGAAUUGUUUGCCCUUUCCUGCACUUUUUACCCUUCCUCAUCUUUUAGAAAGUCUUCAUCUCCUGAUCUUAUCAAACUUGUCAAGGUGGUUACCCCCUCCACUUCUGUCUUUUUCUAUUGUUCUCUCUGUUCUGCUGUUCUCUGUUGGGGGAAACAGCAGCUGCAGUGGAUCUGAGUGCAACAGUUGGCUUUCUGGGCAUAGCCUCACUGCCUGCUUUUCCUGGUAUUCUCAUCAGCUCUUGCAAACUUAAUCCUUCCUUUUCAAGUAAAAAAAGUUUUGGGAUUUUUUUCUUGAUAAAUUCAACAUGAUGGUGAUAAAUUCCUAUGACGAACCAAAUCUGAACUACCCAAGCUGUUGAACGAAGAAUGGACUUGUUCUGUCAUUUAUACAAGUGUAGAUCAGGUUAAGUCUUGCUUUGAAGUCAAUACUGUUAGUUAAAAACUAGUACAAUUAAUUAUUGGUGCAAUUUACAGCUAGUACUAUUUAAAAAUAGUACAACUGUGAGAGGAACCUGUCAGUGUGAGGUGAGCUGCCUGCGUUUGUUUCAGAAGGGUUUGAACACUGGUGUCUCUGAACUGUUUCACAGCUGCUGCUCUUCGCAGGGGACAAAGAUAUGAAGUGGAUCUAUUUAAGGUAGGAUUUCAGCUGGGUUUUAUUUUCUUUUUUUUUUUUUUAAGCAAAAUGUUUGGUUGAAGGUGUGUUGCAGAUUUCCCUGUUCUGUUGUGACAGGGAACAAAGUAGUGAUGUAAGAAAAGCAGUCUGUACUAAAGGUGUUUAUAUGCUUUCUAGCCUACUUCAAAAUCCAAUAGAGAUUCUCUAAUAUAUGAUCUGCUUUUUAUUUGUGCAUGAGGUUUAACUGCUCUUCAAUUUAAAACAUAGAUCAGGACCAAAUUUUAAAGAAACCACACCACCAGCUGAGAAAUGGCAGAUUUCAUGCCAUGAUUGGAAGCUGAACAUUAGAUGCCUUCAAAAACAGCAUCAAGGUGUUUCCUUCAUUUACUCACACAUCCAGGGUGGUUUGGGCUCCCUGCAGAUCAGUCACAAGAUAAUGAGGACUCACUUUAUCCAUUUCAGAGGUAGAGCUUCAGGCUUGUCAAGCUGGUCCCAAAACCACACAAAAUCAUAGUUCAGCACCAUUGGAACAGGAGUCCAGGGUCUGACUGGUUGCUCAGCACUUAGUAAAGAGGGGAGUGUGUUUCCACAUAUGUAGCAUGUCACUGACAAGUGCCAUAAGGAACCAAAGAUAAAUGCAUUUAUAUCACGUGCUAACCAAAUGAAAAGCCUAAGUGUAGUGCCAUUACAGAAUCUGGAGAGAUGUGGUAGACCUGGAGACUUGGACUGGGUCCAGUUGUGUACAGGGAGCAAGUGCAGGUUCUGGUAACAAACUACAUGCUUCUUCUCCUCCCACUUCGCUCUUGGAACCAGUCUUAAAGGUGCAAAACUUAUUGUCCAGCAUGAACAGAACAGACAAUUGGGGAUUCAAGCAUCAUAAAGUCACCCCAGGACAUCUGUGCAGAAACUGUUCCGUGCGUUGCUGGGGAUUCUGCUUUCAUGUGGGAGCUGCUUUUCCAGCGACCCUCACGCCAAGGACACAGCUACUCUCAGAGUGGCCAGAAGAGGCACUGAUGUUUUUUAUUGUUCCAGGACCAUCUAUUUAUUUUUGGCAUUUCCUGAUGUGCUGAAAAUCCUGAUACAAACUCUCUGACUCUCACUGCUUACUUCAAUGCCCAUAUUUUAAAAUCUGCUCAAUGAACCACUGUAACCUAAGAAUUAGAGCUCUAAACUGCGUACAAGGGACCCAGUUCUGGUCUGCCUCUGUUCUGCUAAGCAAUUGCAGAUGAGAAACAUUAGUGUUCCUUGCCUCAUUUCUAUCCCUCUAUAGGACUCUGAUAGUAAUCCUAAUUUGUUUGUAAAACAAGAAGUUGAACUGAUGAGAAGAGUUACAAGAGUGAAAUGUUGCUAUUAUCUGAGUGAUCUUUUAAUUUCUAUAUCUUAGAAUGUCUCCAUUAAUCCUGUAAAAGUCACAAGUACUCUGUUUAUGAGACCUAGAGUAUGAAACAGUACAAUGAUGAAGACUAAUUAUAAAUCAUAGGAAAAAAAAUUCUGGUAAACAGAUUCCUUUAACAUUUCCAUUCUGUGCAGGCUUUGUCAGUGUCUUAUGACAACGAUGCCAGUUAGAUCAGAAAGCUUUUUAAAAUGUGAAUCUAUCUUUUCAAAGAUUUGUAGCCAAGCCUUUUCAGUUUGUUAAAAUGUAAUUAGUGUCUGCUUGUUAAUAUAAUGUUCAUUGAUUUUUAAAGUACACAGACUUCAAAGCUAGAAACAAAUAAAUAAAAAGAGGGAUAAUUCAAACCAGAGUGGAACAGCUCGGACAGUUUUACUCUUUUUUUGCCAGGAUCCUGAAGCUGUUGUGUUCAAACAAUGCCACAGUUUCAGUGGAAAUGUGAAGAUUAAAUCUAA